AUGGCAGCUCAGGCGACGGAAAAGCUGCAAGAGCUAAGCCUGAACGGCCAGAACGGCGCCCCCGCCGACGCCCCCGCAGUCGGCCAACCCGAAGCGGAGGACGACUCUGACGACGAACAAGAAGAAGGCGCCGCAGAUGCUGGAGCUGCUGGAGCCGCCAAAAAGAAGAAGAAGCGCAAGUCUAAGAAGAAGAAGAAGGGCGGCGCCAAGGUUCAGAGUGAGCCGCCUCGCGUGCCUGUCGCCAACCUUUUCCCCAACGGCCAAUACCCCGAGGGCGAGAUCUGCGAAUAUCUGAACGAGAAUGCCUACCGUACCACCAACGAAGAGAAGCGCUACCUCGACCGCAUGAACAACGACUUCCUCCAGGAGUACCGCCAAGGUGCUGAGAUUCACCGUCAAGUUCGCCAAUAUGCGCAGAAGAACAUCAGACCCGGCCAGACCCUGACGGAGAUUGCGGAGGGCAUCGAAGACUCUGUUCGCGCUUUGACUGGCCACCCCGGCCUUGAGGAGGGUGACAACCUUAAGGGUGGCAUGGGCUUCCCUUGUGGUCUGAGCAUUAACCACUGCGCCGCCCACUAUACACCUAAUGCGGGAAACAAGAUGGUCCUGAACCAGGGCGAUGUGAUGAAGGUUGAUUUCGGUGCUCACAUCAAUGGUCGCAUUGUGGACAGUGCUUUCACCAUGACUUUCGAUCCUGUAUAUGACCCGCUUUUGGAGGCAGUCAAGGACGCCACCAACACUGGUAUUCGGGAAGCUGGUAUUGAUGUUCGCAUGAGCGACAUUGGUGCUGCGAUUCAGGAAGCCAUGGAGAGCUACGAAAUUGAGCUCAAUGGUACAAUGUACCCGGUCAAGUGUAUUCGCAACCUGAACGGACACAACAUUGAGCAACACGUUAUCCACGGAGGAAAGAGCGUGCCUAUUGUCAAGGGUACUGAUCAGACUAAGAUGGAGGAGGGUGAAACAUUCGCAAUUGAGACUUUUGGAAGUACCGGCAAGGGUUACGUCCGCGAAGAGAUGGAAUGCUCCCACUAUGCUCUUGCACAAGAUGCCCCUAACGUUCCCCUCCGCCUCUCGUCUGCCAAGAAUCUUUUGAAUGUGAUCAACAAGAACUUUGGCACCUUGCCCUUCUGCCGACGUUAUUUGGACCGUUUGGGCCAGGAUAAAUAUCUCCUCGGGUUGAACAACCUGGUCUCCUCUGGUAUUGUGCAGGAUUACCCACCUCUCUGUGAUAUCAAGGGCUCCUACACAGCCCAAUAUGAACAUACUAUUCUUCUCCGACCGAACUGCAAGGAGGUCAUCAGCCGUGGAGACGAUUACUGA